AUGUUUCAAGCAGCAAAAGGAUUUAAAAAAGAAGAUUUGUUGUUCGUCGCUGAAGAAAUUGGCGCGACAUUACCACAAAAGGUCACAAUAUCGGAACUGAAAGAAGCAAUUUUGAAAAGUAAGCAGUAUUCCGAAGAUCCACAGUUUGUUGAAGAUAUUUUGGUAACAACUGUUAGUGACCGGAAGCAUAAAGAAUUGGCAGAGGCGGAUCAAAAACGAUUAGAAUAUGAAGAAAAGCAAAAACAGUUAGAAUGUGAUGAAAAGCAAAAGCAAUAUGAAGAACGGGAAAGAAUAAGAUUACAUGAACUGGAGUUGGCGCGAAUUCAAGUAAACUCGCCAGUGGCAAUAGCAGGUGAGUCCGAAAAUUCUAUGAUUACUAGUGCUAGGAGGAAAUUUAAUUUACCCAAAUUAGAGUUUCGACAAUUCAGUGGGGAUAUCAAGGAAUGGUUACCUUUUUGGAGCCAAUUCCAACAGAUUCAUCAAGAUGUAGAUAUUGCUCCCGAAAAUAAAUUUCAGUACCUUAUUCAAGCUACUGUAAGCGGAUCUAGAGCGCGAGAAGUUGUAGAGAGCUUUCCGCCAACCGGAGCUAACUACGCCAAGGUAAUUGAUAGUCUGAAAGCUCGGUUUGGAAGAGAUGAACUUUUGGUAGAAGUUUAUGUUCGCGAACUAUUAAGAUUAAUAAUUUCGGUUCAGAAAAAUGAAAAAAUUUUAAUGACUUCUCUCUAUGAUAAGCUUGAAUCGUACCUUAGAGCAUUAGAGACACUAGGAGUAACAACUGAUAAAUGUGCUUCAAUACUUUAUCCAAUGGUUGAAUCUUGUUUUCAAGAAGAGUUCCUGAAAGCAUGGAACAGAAGUCCUUCUUACGCAGCUUCAACUGAUGCUAAAGAACGACUGAACAAUUUGAUGAAUUUCCUGAAAACCGAAACUGAAGGAGAGGAAAGAAUAAAUUUAGCCAUGGCUGGGUUUGGUUUGGGUUCAAGUGAAAAUCGCCAAACUUUUAAGAAAAAAGGAAAGCCUUUGAUUUCAGGUAGAGUGCAAUUAUGUGUUUUUUGUUCUGGAAAGCACUCCAGCUCAGACUGUUUCACCGCUCAAAGGAUGAGUUUAGCCGAGAGACAAGAUAUAAAGAAAGCCCAGUUUUUGAAAUCUGGAACAUUAGACAAACUUGGAUUUGGUAUUCCACAAAAACCUCUGGUUGAGGCAUCUUUCAAAGUUGCAUAUCAUACUGCUAAAAGCAAGAAACCGCAUACUUUUGGAGAGACGUUAAUUAAGCCAUGUGCACUGGAGAUGUUUGAAUUAGUUUGUAGAUUGUGA